AUGUCUGGUACAAGAGCCUAUAACGUCCUUGUCCUUCCCGGCGACGGCAUCGGCCCGGAGGUCAUGGCCGAAGCCAUAAAGGUCCUGCGAACCUUUAACAGUUCCUCCAUGCAGUUCCACCUGCAAGAAGAACUCAUUGGCGGGAUCUCUAUCGAUACCCAUGGUCAAUCCGUCACGCAACCCGUCAAAGACGCUGCGGUCGCUGCAGACGCCGUACUCUUCGCAGCAGUCGGGGGUCCCAAGUGGGAUCAUAUCAGGCGCGAACUCGACGGGCCAGAGGGGGGUCUGUUACAGGUUCGCAAAGCCAUGGACAUAUACGCAAAUUUGAGACCGUGUUCAGUGGAUGUGCCGAGUCGGGAAAUUGCGAGGGACUUUUCACCUUUCAGGCAGGAGGUGAUCGAGGGGGUCGAUUUUGUAGUGGUGCGGGAGAAUUGUGGAGGGGCCUAUUUUGGCAAAAAGGUUGAGGAAGAGAAUUAUGCAAUGGAUGAGUGGGGUUAUUCCACCACCGAAAUUCAACGCAUUGCUCGUCUCGCUGCAGAGCUUGCCCUGCGGCAUGACCCGCCGUGGCCUGUGAUUUCUCUUGACAAAGCCAAUGUACUGGCCUCGUCGCGUCUGUGGCGUCGCGUUGUCGAGAACACAAUUUCAGUAGAGUAUCCACAAGUCAAAUUGGUCCACCAGCUCGCAGAUUCAGCAUCAUUGAUCAUGGCAACCGAUCCACGAGUCCUCAACGGUGUGAUUCUGGCAGACAAUACCUUCGGAGACAUGAUAUCAGACCAGGCGGGGUCACUGAUUGGAACAUUAGGUGUCCUGCCUAGUGCCAGCUUGGAUGGUCUUCCUCAUCCUGGCAGGCAGGAAAAGGUUCGCGGUCUAUAUGAACCAACGCAUGGCUCUGCUCCGACAAUAGCCGGUAAGAACAUCGCGAACCCAACUGCGAUGAUCCUCUGUGUGAGCCUGAUGUUCCGGUACUCUUUCAAUAUGGAGAACGAAGCGCGCCAAAUUGAGGAUGCCGUGCGUGCCGUUUUGGAUAAGGGACUUCGCACUCCUGACCUUGGUGGAAAUUCAAGCACUCAAGAGUUUGGAGACGCCGUAGUUGCAGCACUGCAAGGGAAAUAUUAG